AUGCCAUCUGGGAAUUUCCCAAAGUCCAAAAUCCUCAACAUCCCCGUUUUCGUCACGACGCAAAACGCCUCGCGCCUCGGCGCCACCGUCCCGGAACUCACCUCGCUCAUUCCCGAGACCACGCCCGAGGCGAUCGACAAGACGGCGUUUUCGAUGCUCGUCCCCGCGCUGCAGACGCACCUGCAGUCCCUGACCUCUUCGCCCAGCGACAAGCUCUCCGUGCUGAUCGUUGGCAUCGAGACGCACAUCUGCGUCACGCAGACGACCCUCGACCUCCUCGCCGCAGGCCACAAGGUCUACGUCAUCGCCGAUGGCGUCUCGUCUUGCAACGCCGGCGAGAGACCCGUCGCCCUGCACCGGCUAGCGCGCGAAGGUGCCAUCGUCACCACGAGCGAGAGCCUGCUGUUCGAGUUGCUCGGUGACGCCAAGGACGACAAGUUCAAGGCUGUUAGUGGGUUGGUCAAGGAGACAAAGGAGGAGACGCGCCAGGCUGUCGAGACGUUUUGUCGCUUGUAG